ACUUACACUUAAGAGUUUAAUGGUCUGUUUGUCUUCCUUUUUUCAUUUCCUUUUUCGCAUCCAGUAUGAUAGCUAUAUACUACUACCUGCAGUACAAUAUUGUCCAAAUGAGGGUUAAGAGGGUGUAGUAACACAGUCUGUUCCAACACUGCUUUUAUACAGAGAAAUGGUUUGUAAGUAAAACAAAAGUUGGGACACCUGAAGGAAUUGUUAUCAUAAUCUUUCAAGGCGUAAUUUACUUCCAUUGGUGGAGAACAGCUGUAGGUUUUAACAUAUUACUUGGAAAGAAAGUGUUGUUCUUACUGGUUUUUGUACAUCUCAUUAGUAACAGAGUUGCACUAAUCCACUGCAGUCCACUAAAAACACCUUAUUUUAACCAAAACAAAAGGCCAACCAAUGUAUAAAUGUUUUGUUGUGCCCUUGAGUGAGGCAGUUAACUCUAUAUAUAACAAUAUAACAAUUAAUGAUUUAAAUAUAUAUGAGCUGGAGGUUGAAGAGUAUUUUUCACCACAUAAAGAUCUAAUUUAAGUUGAAACCAUAAAAGCUGUAAAGAUGAUAAAUAUUGUACUAUGACAGGCUGCUAAGUGUUAUGACAGUAACUUAAAGGUUAUAGAUUGAAUCCCUGAGCAUACAAGGUAAGAAACCUUUUGUUUUGUAAUUAUUAAAAAAAUAUUGUUGGACCAGAAUCCUGACAAUAUAUUUAGGAUAAAUUUGAGGGUAUUCUCUAGUUCUGAAGUAAUGUCAAGUAAUUUAGUCAGUCAUUCACACUGGUUGCACCCUCUCAAAUGAUUUGAAAUGUACACAAUAUUAAAGAUUCAUAAAAUUUUACAGCAGGUACAGUAUAUGCUACUUAUACUGUAUUGGGGAUCUUGCAUUAGGGAUCUUACCACAGCCCCUGGUUAAUACCACUUCCUUGUUUAUUCUUCUAUUGUUUCAGAUAGCUGACUUGUGAUUGUGUUAAAGCUAGCGCUGUAAUUAAAAUAAUAGUAAACAAAUGUUCCAUAGAAAACUGGUUUGAAAAUCCAUUAUUAGGAUACGCAUUUAUACUGUCAUGCUUGUUGCAUCUCCAUCCCUGCCAGAGUGCAUUGCGCUCGCGCACUUUUUGCCGGUGAGCACUUUUUCUAUUCUCCUCCCCCACCUUGAUAAGCGAAUCCCUUGCUCGUGCUGAAGAGCAUGAUCGAUUUGCGCGCCCGCUAGCAGAUGUGGAACGUUAUUCCUUGAUUUGUUGGCUGCGGUGGAACUUGCUGUCCUGUGUUAAGGUAAGAGUUGACUACCGAAAUUAUUAUUAACCAGUAUUUUAGACUAAUGCUUAUAGGCUUGUUUUUUUUUGUAAGCCAUGCCGUUUCUGGAAACGUAAUUAAUUUCGGGGGAAUUUAUUAUUUCUGAUAGUUGUCUCGUGACCUCGUGUCUGACUGGAGAUGAAUUGGAAACUGUUUUCAAACCUAUUUAAAUAUGAAACAUGUGGUUAGUCAUUAUAUAUUUCGCCAUAUAAUUCGCUGCUUUAUGUAAUUAGCUAGAGCUGUGAAUUAAAAUAAUAUUGACGAUUGUCGAACUGGCUUGCAAAAAAGACGUAUAACUAGCUAAUGGUUAGCUAACAUUAGCCAGCUAGCUUAUUGAGAAAGUUAAAGGAGCUAGGCUAGCUAAGUUUAGCUACAACAUAGGCUAUCACUACUGAGUGGGGGAGGGGAAUAGUCAAUGUUAGGACCAGCAGAAUGUGUGUCUAGAGUGGGGGAGGGGAAUAGUCAAUGUUAAGACCAGCAGAAUGUGUGUGUAGUGUGGGGGAGGGGAAUAGUCAAUGUUAAGACCAGCAGAAUGUGUGUGUAGUGUGGGGGAGGGGAAUAGUCAAUGUUAGGACCAGCAGAAUGUGUGUGUAGAGUGGGGGAGGGGAAUAGUCAAUGUUAGGACCAGCAGAAUGUGUGUGUAGAGUGGGGGAGGGGAAUAGUCAAUGUUAAGACCAGCAGAAUGUGUGUGUAGUGUGGGGGAGGGGAAUAGUCAAUGUUAGGACCAGCAGAAUGUGUGUGUAGAGUGGGGGAGGGGAAUAGUCAAUGUUAGGACCAGCAGAAGGUGUGUGCAACAACAAUGUAUUUUCACAUUAUUGUGUAGUUUGGUAUGAAACAUUGAAAGGCUAAAACAUGAUAAAUAUUUCAAAUUGUUAGCCUAGUAUUUUCUUCUUUACUGGUUAGGGUAUGCUUAUUACUGAUAAAUCCAGGAUUUAAAAUAUUAAAAUGUUUUUGUUUAUGCAGAUUCCUGUGAUGACAACACAACAGGCACUGCAGAGAUUAAAAUGCCGCAUGGAGCUUUUAAAAAAGCACCAUUCAAAGUGUGAGUCCAGAAUGGAAAAGAGAAACAGAGAAGAGCAGACACCUGAUACUGAUGUUGUCAGUACCUCCAAAGAGAUGGAAGAUGGGACUGAGUCUGGGUCGAGAGGCCAUAUGUUCAAUGAUGCACCUCCCUUGAUCAGAACUGAUAGCGUAUAUUUAACCAAAGAAAUGCUUGGAUAUGAUACUGACAACUCAAUAACCAGCACUGACAACAGUGAGGAUGAUUAUGUCCCAGCCUCAUCGGAGUCAUCAGAGGAAGACAGUUCCGCUGGAAUAUCUGGACUCAAGAGAAAUAAGCCAAAGAAAGACGCACGUAAGAAAUGCUUGAUCAAAAGAAAAGAGUACAACAAGACCUAUGAAGGGCACACUAGUACCCCAAAAGAUGUGAGUCUAAGCACUGAAACCUUGGUUGUAUUGAAAGUCUCGCAGGCUGAUGGUUCCAAGAAUUACCACAAAAAAAAGCACUUCUGUCUGUUCUGUGAAGAACCCCAACUGAAAAUUGCACGUCAUUUAGAACGUAAACAUAGUAAGGAAAUUGAAGUAGCUAGUGCCCUUCGAUUUGCAAAGAAUUCAAAAGAAAGGAGACUUCAUCUGAAUCUCCUUCGCAAAAAAGGGAAUCGGGCACACAACAUUCGGGUACUUAAAGAGGGAAAAGGAUUUUUGGUACCUUGUAAACAAACAAGUAAUCAAGACAGCAAUCCAGAGGACUAUCAGCAUUGUUUUGCUUGCUAUGGGCUCUUCAAACGUAAAUUCAUGUGGAAACAUGCGGAACGGUGUACACUAGCAAGUAAAGUUCGCAAAAUGAUGCCUGGGAAAACCCCAAUACAGACACUCUGUGCAAGCUCUCAACCGGUUCCUAAAGAAGUGAGUGAAAAGUUAUGGAAACUUGUAAAUCAUAUGAAUCAAGAUGACAUAGCCCAUGCAAUAAAAGAAGACCGAUACAUAAUCGCCCUGGGUGAAAAAAUGUUCAACAAAAAGGGGGAGAACCGAUCACAACACCAGCACAUUCGUCAAACUAUGCGAGAACUAGGGAGACUUUUGAUUUCAGGUAGAAUGGUGACACCUUUGAAAAAAAUGAAGGAUUAUAUCAACCCCAAGAACUUUGAAUAUGUCAUAAAAGCUGUCAAAGAAGUGGCUGGCUUUAACGAAGAGACAAAUAGGUUUGGAAAGGCCACUCUGGCCACAAAGCUUGGACAAAAUAUACAGAAAAUUGCAGACAUCUUUGAGAGUGAAGCUCUCAUUGCACAGAAUGAAGAGAAGAUGAAGCUUGUCCGUGACUUCAGAGGUAUAUAUCACCUUCGCUGGAAUGAGAUGAUCUCUGCUGCUGCAUACCGUACACUGGAACAGAAGAAAUGGAAUGCACCCCAGCUCAUUCCAUUAGCAGAUGAUGUAAAGAAAAUGCAUAUGUACAUGGAGGAUGAUCAGAAACGAUACUACGAACAACUGUUAAGUCUAAAAACAUCAAAAAAUUGGAGCAAUCUAGUACAGGUGAUACUGGCCCAGAUGAUAAUCUUCAACCGAAGGAGGGACAAAGAAGUGUCUGCUAUGACUGUGGCAACAUUUCUCUCCCGGGACAAAUCUCCAAUUAACCCUGAUGUUUUAGAAGCAUUGACAGAGGUGGAAAAAAUGCUCUGCAAAUAUUUUGAACGCAUAGAAACCCGUGGGAAGAGGGACAGGAAGGUACCGUUACUUCUCACUCCAGUAAUGGUCAAAUCUUUGGAGCUGCUUGUCAAGGAGCGGAGCUCAUGUGGUGUGGGCGACUAUAAUAUCUACUUAUUUGCCAGGCCAGGAUAUGAUACACAUUUUCGGGGAUCCGACUGCAUUCGUGCCUAUGCCAAAAAAUGUGGAGCCCAGCAACCUAAAGCACUAUCCUCUACUAAACUACGAAAACAGGUUGCCACCCUCUCCAGAGUGUUGAAUCUCAAUGAUACAGAACAGGACCAAUUUGCUGACUUCUUGGGUCAUGACAUUAGGGUACAUCGCAAAUUCUACCGUCUACCUGAAGGAACUCUUCAGUUAGCAAAGAUCAGCAAGAUACUGAUGGCCUGUGAACAAGGCAGAUUGACAGAGUUCAAGGGGAAAAGUCUGGACCAAAUCUCCAUUAGCCCCUGUGAAACUCUCAUGUCUGAAAAAAAGGAUGACACAGACUACUCAAAUUUGGAAUCGGAAAGUGUCUCAGAGAAAGCGGAGUCUUCUGAAGAAGAGUCUUCAAAUGGAAACCUGACAGAGAUGACAGCGAUUGGUCACAGGCAGUCAGCACAGAAGGGGAAGCUGGGACAAAAGAGCUGUUCCCACAACACGGCCGUAUCUGAACAAACCGAAGACACAGGCUCCAACUGGGCAUCAGGAAUUCACUCUGAUAGAGAGGAGUCUUCUGAUACUGAUCUGACAGAAGAGAUGACAGCGAUUCGUCACAAGCAGUCAGCACCAAAGGGGAAGCUGGGACGAAAGAGCGGUUCCUACAAAGCUGCCGUGUCUGAAAAAAUGGAAGACGCACACUGGAAUUGGGCAUCAAGAAGUGACCCUGAUAGAGAGGAGUCUUCUUAUACUAUUCUGCCAGGAAAGACGUCAGCGAAACAAGACGUGCAACCAGGACCAGCAAAAAGGUUUGAAAAGCAGUCUUUUUCCCUCCCUGCCAAAGGGGCAAAACAGAAGUGGUCGAGUACGGAGGUGGAUGCAGUUGAACAUUCUUUGAUGGAUUUCAUUCGAAUUGGAAAGACCCCUGGAAAACAAGACUGUGAGAGAUGUAUUUCUGCUUUUCCCCAAGCACUAGUAAACCGGGACUGGAGAGCUGUAAAAUUCUAUGUACGCAAUAGAAUAACUGCAGAUCAAAGACGUCCAAAUGCAAAAUACAUGUGAUUUUUAUUUGUUCUAGCUACAAAAGUUAUAUGGUUAAAAUCUUAACUUGAUAUGGUGGUUCCUCAACCUGAAUCUUGAGUGUGAGCCAAAUUCUGUAAACCAUGAGUUGGUUUAUAUUUAGGAGCCUUUACGAAGUCUAAAAAUCAACAGAAGUAAAUGGGGCUGAUGAGCAUGUUUUUAUUUUUCAUCAGCAUCAAACAAAAUACAAUUUUAUUUUGAACAGGUGAUUAAGACAUUUAUUUUAACUAGGCUCACACUCAGCCAGCUGUUUUGGCGUUUGUUAUAGCUCUUUAAAGAAAGAUUAACUGUUCAUUUUUUGUCCAGUCAGUGACAAACCACUUUAAUAGUUAGUAAGCAAAAAUUUUAUACUUUCAAUGUAGACAUUCUCAUAGGCUUCUUUUAUUUUUCCUGUUGAAUGUUUACAAAAAAAUUACUGCAAUUACAAUAAAAAAAUAAGUAUACUUAAAAUUAUCUAAACUUUAACAAAUUUAAAUAGAAUUAUUUAGUGUAUACAUUUAAAA